AUGUCAUCAGCUCGCGCUCCCCGUCCUAGCCGCCCAGCACUUACAACAGAUGAACUUCGUGGGCUCCCAGAUGUCCUGGCGGCGUCGUUCGGUUAUGAACCUCGCGAGUUUCAAACGAAGGCCAUCGGCGCUCAGUUGCAGCGCAAGGACGUUCUUGUACACGCAGGCACAGGCUUCGGCAAGACUGCAAUCGCAGCAGGGCCACAUUUUCAUGAAAGUGCGAAGGGUGGGGUCACCCUGAUGAUCUCGCCGCUUAUUGCCCUGCACGACGAGCAGGUCGAAACCUUCCAGACCGAGUUCAAGCUCACAGCAACUGCUGUCAACAGCAGCCAUGGAGGCUGUAGCAGAGAGAAGCUCGCGCAGGAAAUCGUUGCGGGGAAGUACCAGAUCGUUCUGAUCUCCCCCGAGAUGUGCCUCUCACGCCGCUUCACGCGCGAGGUCCUCAACAACCCCAACUUCGGGGCUAUGCUCCUCUCCGUCGUCGUUGAUGAGGCGCACGUAGUCUCGCACUGGGGGGCCCAAUUCCGCAAGAAGUACGGCCAGCUAGGCAUGCUUCGUGCUUUCCUGCCAAGGAAGACACCCAUUGUGGCGCUGUCAGCGACGCUAUCAGCGCGCAUUCGAGACGAUGUCCUUGCAAAGCUGCAGUUUCACAAGACGGACUUUGUCAGUAUCGAUGUUGGCAACGAUAGGCCAAACGUCUCACUUGUUGUUCGUGCUAUGCAGCACCCCAUGAACACAUAUGCCGACCUCGAUUUCGUUAUCCCAUCCUCUGUCAAAGACGUCAGCGAGAUCAAGAAGACAUUCGUCUACGCCGACAACAUACAAACUGGUAUUGAGAUCGAGGAUCACCUCGAGGACCUCUUGCCAGAGUCUCUCCAAUCCACGGGCAUCAUUCGGCCCUACAACGCUGCGUUCUCCAAGGAAUACCGCAAGGAGGUUAUGCGGCUCUUCAGGGAGGGUGCCGUGCGUGUUCUCGUCUGCACAGAUGCUGCAGGAAUGGGGUGUAACAUACCGGACAUCGAUGUUGUUGUUCAGUGGAAGUUGACCACGUCGUUGUCAUCCUUCGUACAGCGCGCUGGGCGUGCUGCGCGAGGGCGUGGUCGCAUCGGUCUUGCUGUACUACUGGUCGAACCAUCAGCAUUCCUCGUUGAUCUUUCGCAGGCACUGAGUGGGGUGGGAGACAUCCAAAAAACAAGUACCAAGGGCAAGAAGCGCACCGGAAGAGUCAAAACACACGGUAAACGCACCAAGAAGGAUGCUAUCGCUCGCGGUCUCCUACGAGGUGCCGCAGACACGCUGCACGAUGCCAUAUUCGUGCGCGAGCAGCCGCCGUUCGACUGGUCAUCCGAGGACGAGAACCUCCUGGUCUACGUGCAGACAGGCGUCUGCCGCCGUGCCGUGCUGACGGAAAUCUACAAGAACCAGCCACCAAACCCGUCCGUCCGUUGCUGUGAUCUGUGUGACAGCAGCUUGCUCGAUGCGGUUCGGCCAGGGAAUCCUCCCACUGCGAUACGUCAGCCCAAAGUCAAGCGGGGGAUCCCGUACGCACCUGUGCAGAGGAAGUUGCUAGAGUGGCGCCGUGUUGUUGUCGCGCGAGACUAUCCACAGGCACUGUUCGGAGGGUCAGCCUUUCUCAAGGACGAGACUGUUGAGCUACUCGCAUCGGUUGGAUCAUUCGAUACGGAGACUCGGCUUGUCAAGAUCCUUGGAGGCCAGUGGAAGUGGUACAAGACCCACGGGCGAGAGCUCUUUGGCAUCUUGAAGUCCUUCAGCAUCCCAUUUAUCGCUCUCCCGGGCAAGAAGACGGCACGGGGGAAGAAGCGGGCCAACGCACCAGCGAUUGCAGAGCCGCUUCUAGACGUCCCCAAUCCACCGGGCGCGCGCGGAAACCGCGACCCGGACGCGUCUCCAGCGACAGUCGGAGCGGCCGAGCCCACUCUCUACUUCAGUCACGACCCGCAAUCCAAUCCUCCUCCUCCUCCGUCGGCUACUACUCCUGUGGAUCCUGACUGGGAGACGAUGUCCAUGUAA